CAGCGGUUUGUUUUUCGGAGCGUUCCUGAGGUGGAGAACGGUGGCCGGACGGAGCGACUGCGGGACUAAGGGACUGGCGGGCGGGCGGGUUGAGCGGCGCCGCCGAAGCCGGGCUGGGCCGAGCCGAGGAGCGCCAGGGAUGUAGCGGGCCACCCUGCCCAUGCCACAGCGCCCGGCCGCGGGCGGAGCCGGAGCCGGAGCCUGGGGAGGCGGCGGGGGCCCCGAGCACAGCCCGCGCCCCCCGCGCGGAGCCAGGCCCGCUGCCGUCCCCGCCGCCCGGGCCCCCGGCAUGCAGCCCCGGCUGCGCAGGUGACACUCGGGCCCAAGCCGCCGCCGCCGCCAUCGCCACCAUGGACGAACAGGAGGCAUUGAACUCAAUCAUGAAGGAUCUGGUGGCCCUCCAGAUGAGCCGACGUUCCCGAGCGCCUGGAUAUGAGACCAUGAAGAACAAAGACACAGGUCACCCAAAUAAGCAGAAAAAACACAACAGCAGCAGCUCAGCCCUUCUGAACAGCCCCACAGUAACAACAGGCUCAUGUGCAGGGGCCAGUGAGAAAAAGAAAUUUUUGAGUGACGUCAGAAUCAAGUUUGAGCACAACGGGGAGAGGCGAAUUAUAGCGUUCAGCCGGCCUGUGCGAUAUGAAGAUGUGGAGCACAAGGUGACAAUAGUGUUUGGGCAGCCUCUUGAUCUACAUUACAUGAACAAUGAGCUCUCCAUCCUGCUGAAGAACCAAGAUGAUCUUGAUAAAGCAAUUGACAUUUUGGAUAGAAGCUCAAGCAUGAAAAGCCUUAGGAUAUUGUUGCUAUCCCAGGACAGAAACCAUACCAGUUCCUCUCCCCACUCUGGGGUGUCCAGACAGGUGCGGAUCAAAGCUUCCCAGUCUGCAGGAGAUAUAAACACCAUCUACCAGCCCCCUGAGCCCAGAAGCAGGCAUCUCUCUGUCAGCUCCCAGAACCCUGGCCGAAGCUCACCUCCCCCUGGCUAUGUGCCUGAGCGGCAGCAGCGCAUUGCCCGACAGGGGUCCUAUACCAGCAUCAACAGUGAGGGAGAGUUCAUCCCGGAGACCAGCGAGCAGUGUAUGCUGGAUCCCCUGAGCAGUGCUGAAAAUUCCUUGUCGGGAAGCUGCCAGUCUUUGGACAGGUCAGCAGACAGUCCGUCCUUCCGGAAAUCUCGAAUGUCCCGAGCCCAGAGCUUCCCAGACAACAGACAGGAGUUCUCGGAUCGGGAAACUCAACUCUAUGACAAAGGGGUCAAAGGUGGAACCUACCCCCGGCGCUACCACGUGUCUGUGCACCACAAGGACUACAACGAUGGCAGAAGAACGUUUCCUCGAAUACGACGUCAUCAAGGUAACCUGUUCACCCUGGUGCCCUCCAGCCGCUCCCUGAGUACAAAUGGCGAGAACAUGGGUCUAGCAGUGCAAUACCUGGACCCCCGUGGGCGCCUGCGGAGUGCGGACAGCGAGAAUGCCCUCUCUGUGCAGGAGAGGAGUGUGCCAACUAAGUCUCCUAGUGCCCCCAUCAAUUGGCGCCGGGGGAAGCUCCUGGGCCAGGGUGCCUUCGGCAGGGUCUAUUUAUGCUAUGAUGUGGACACAGGACGCGAACUUGCUUCCAAGCAGGUCCAGUUUGACCCAGACAGUCCUGAGACAAGCAAGGAGGUGAGUGCUCUGGAAUGUGAGAUCCAGUUGCUGAAGAACUUGCAGCACGAGCGCAUUGUGCAGUACUAUGGCUGUCUGCGGGACCGCGCCGAGAAGACUCUGACCAUCUUCAUGGAGUACAUGCCAGGGGGCUCAGUGAAAGACCAGUUGAAGGCCUACGGAGCUCUGACAGAGAGUGUGACCCGAAAAUACACCCGGCAGAUCCUGGAGGGCAUGUCCUACCUGCACAGCAACAUGAUUGUUCACCGGGACAUCAAGGGAGCCAACAUCCUCCGAGACUCUGCUGGGAAUGUGAAGCUGGGGGACUUUGGGGCCAGCAAGCGCCUGCAGACCAUCUGCAUGUCGGGCACCGGCAUGCGCUCGGUCACCGGCACACCCUACUGGAUGAGCCCUGAGGUGAUCAGCGGUGAGGGCUACGGAAGGAAGGCAGAUGUGUGGAGCCUGGGCUGUACUGUGGUGGAGAUGCUGACAGAGAAGCCACCUUGGGCAGAGUAUGAAGCCAUGGCCGCCAUUUUCAAGAUUGCCACCCAGCCCACCAAUCCUCAGCUGCCCUCCCACAUCUCUGAGCAUGGCCGGGACUUCCUGAGGCGCAUUUUUGUGGAGGCCCGCCAGAGACCUUCAGCCGAGGAGCUGCUCACACACCACUUUGCACAGCUCGUGUACUGAGCUCUCAAGGCCACGCUGCUGCCAGCUGCCCUCUGCUGCAUGGGCAAGGGGCUGCUGUGGGGCUCAGCAAAGUUGCUGCUUCUCCCAGGCAAGGCUGUGGACCAUGUGGAGCUGCAGUCCAGCCAGCGUUUGUCUGUGUCCCUUCCAUCGCUGGGGCUCAAAGCCAGGGUGGGGUGGCUACAGCCUCAAGACUGGGAGCCCCCAGCCUGCCAGACCCAAGAGCUCCAGCGUCCUAAGCUUGGCGUGGAGGGGAAGGGGCUAGGAACAGUGUGUGAGGCACCGUGGGCCUGACCCUCGGGGCUGUGUCCUGACACUGCAAUCAGCACCAGAGCCCGGAAGGUCUGGGAGCAAAGGACGGACACGAGGGUCUGAAUAGUGUUACUUUCAUUCAGAGUGUUACAUUGUUUCUCCUCCUCAUGUCUGGAGACUACCAGGGCAUCUCUGGGCUGGAGGAGCCCACCCAAGCCUGAGGUAAAAGCCCAGCAUCCCACAGCCAAUGGAAGGGAGAGGCCUGGGCCACGCCCUCCCUGGAUCCCCAGGUCAGCUUUGCCAGUCCCUGUCCUUUACCAAAGAUGAAUGAAGCAAAUGUUAUGCUGCCUUAUUCAGGGAAGGAGGAGCCUGUCCUGCCUGCCCCCGUGACCCUGCCCCCCCCAAGUCAGGGGCCUGAGAUGUGGAACUGCCCCCACUGAGGGGGGAGACCCAGUUUUGUCAAUGCAAUUGUCUCUGUUUUACAAGUUGGAGUCACUCUUAUGCUGUACCCAGUUUCUAAACUGGAGACUUUGUGUGCUCUCUGGGCUCUGAGUACCCCUGCUGUGGGCUUAGGCCUUGGGCUGGAUUGGAAAGAGCUGAAGGUGAUGGCCCUUGUGCUCCUGGCCUGGCACCUGUUCCCCAGCUGGAGCAGAAAGGAAGAUGAACAGAACCGUGAGGGCAUCUGAGCCGGCUGGCUGCCCUGAGAGGGCUGUUCAGGAGAGCCAAGGGAAUUGUAGCAGACUGGCUGUGAGUCGUGACCCUGCUAGGCCAGGGCCCUCUCCACCUGGUAGAAGGGAGAGCCCAUUAUGAUGCCACCAACUGUGUCCAAAACCACCAGCUCUCUUCCUCCUUGGCCAGCCUUGCCUAUCCCCAUGAGGUCUCAGCCUCUCCCUUCUUGCUCCUCCCCUGCGGAGGGACGGCAGCAGGGGCAGGGGGAGCCAGUAUCUCCAAGCAGCUUAGAGUUGGCCUUAUUUACCUCAGCCUGGGCGCUGGUCCUUUCUUCCGGCCCCUCCCCUCCAAAAUGUGCCUAUUGCCAGAGCUCCUCCCUCUCAACACCCAGUUUCCUUGGGAGUUGUCAUUAAAGGGAAAAAAAAGCCAGUGCCCAGGGAUGGGCGUCUCCAGGGAGCUGGGGAUUAGCGCCAGGCAGCUCAUUGCCAGCCAUGCCCAUCUACCCACGGGCACCAGAACAAGCCAAAGCCUUCGUUGUAUGUUGACGAUGCACUUUUAUGAAUGUAGUUUCUAUCGCUGUUUUUAGCCUUUUCACAUCAUGUAAUGUGAGGCCUUGUACUUGUUAAUUUAUAUCUCAGAUCAUAUUUGAUGGUUUUUAUAUAUAUCAAUUCUAGACUGUUACAGGUGAUGGACGCCUCAAGAGAGAGAAGAGAAAAUGAAAGCAGCUGGUUUUGCAGGGAUGUGUGUUGCACGGUGCCAGUUGGGCCUGGGCCUCUCUGUUUCCAUCCUGUUCCCCAGGGGCCUCUGUCAGGCACCCCCAGCCCGGCCCUCUGAAGACAGUGAGCAUGUUCUCCUGCCUCCACCUCGGCCCUUGCCCAGGGUGGGGACCGGUCCCCCAUCUUGACCAAAGCUGCCAGGUGGCAGCUCGGCCUCUCCAUGACCCUGUCCUGAUGGCUGUAGCACUCUUCUUGGGCCCACACCCCAGUCCCCCUUCCCCAAGAGGAAACAGAGCGUGGUGCCGGCGCUGACAAGAUGAGACGACUCUGUGUGUUCCAGGUUCAGGCUCUCGCAGAGCCCCACCCCCAGGGUCUGACCUCACAGGGAAUGUGUUUUAAAAAUGAAUUUGCAAAACCAACCAACCCUGCACUCCAAAAAGACAAAAGACCCUGGGUUUUUUGUGCCAAAAACUGUGGACAUGCUGGCUCAGCAUCCUCAGGACCAAGCUGUUGCUUAAUUUUAAUUUAUUAUUUUUUUUAAUUAAAUAAUCCAAAUGAAAACUUGUGGGCCUAGGAUGGCCUGGGUCCAAAGGUUCUGAAGGGCAGUCUCCUAGCAGCCCCAGGCUUGCUGUGGGAAGGGCCGUGCCGCCAUUUGCUCAUCGUUCCAUGGGGUAUGUCGGCCACGGCCAACCCAACACAGGCCAGGGCUGAGGACAGUCCGCACUCCGCCACCUCCUGCCCCUCCCGACCACGCCAGCUCUGUGUCUGUGUCUGAAUUGUGGAUCGUGCAGAAGAACCUGCAGCCAUAGUUAUUUGACUAUAUCUUGACCGAGGGCUUGCAGUGCAAAGCCAGGCCAGUGUCGUGCAUUACUUACAAUAAAAGGGAUCAUUUAUACCCAAGGGGUCCUGUGGCAGUGCUUCUGGUUGGGGGAUGGAGGGAGUAGGUGUUUGCCUGGGAGGAGCCAGGUAUGGUGCCUGGCAACAAGCUUGGGUCCCUCAGCAAAGGAGAGCUUAAAAUGACUCCAAGGGGUCCUGGGAUGGGAUGACUUAGCUGGUACCACUGCCAUCUCAGAGGUGGCACCCGCUCUUCACACUCCCAGGAGCUGCACUGUGUGGGUCUGUCAGUGCUGAUUUACUGAGGUGGCAGUCUGCCCCCAUGACCCGAGCUCACCAGUGGCUGGGUUCCCAGGAUCUUCUUGGCAUCUAGUACAGACUUCCUGGCCCAGGGAAGGACUCCUUAGUCCCAUCCUUGCAGGGCAGGAAUCAGGUGCCUCCAGGAGCCAGCUCUCUGGUAUCUCUCCCCUUUGUCUAUCUGCCACUGUUGCUUAGGUCUGAGCAGAGGCCAUUCUUGCCCCAAUCUGAGGCCUCUGGUGCAGAAGUCUGGCCUGCCCUGAGUGAGGUUCUCAGCAGCCCUCCUCAUGCUCUGAGUACCCAGGCCUAGAGUGUCAUCUCUGCUCACUGAGUGUUAGCUCUGCUGCUUCAGGGGGCAGUGUCUGCCUCAACACAGCACAGUGGCCACAGCCCCCAGAGCUUGAUGCCCAGUUCCCUAUCCUGUCCUAUGGGCAUGAAGUCUCUUAGAGACUUAAGGAGUUUAUGGCGCGGUGGCAGCAAAUCCCCAGGAGUCUGCUCCACCAACUCAGGUAGCCCACGGGCAGUUUGGGGCAAUCAGAAUAGUUGGGUCUGGGGCAGGAGAACCCAGACUUCCUGUGUUUUGCUAGAGGUGAGGUCUCAGGUCCUCCACGCUUGCCUUGUUGCUCUGACGGAAAUUGUUGUUCCUCAGAGGAG